AGUAUCUUGAUUUUAAUAUGGCUCUUGAUGAGUUGAAUUUCAGAAAUGUAAAAGUAGAAAAUGAAGGAUGGUUUGGAGAAAAGCUUGAUAAAGAUGUAAGAAAAAUAAACUUAUUUAAUAUUAUUUUUAUCAUAUGAUUAGAUUCUUAUGUUUUGUGUUGUUUUGGUUUUGAAAUCAUUUGUGUAGUCUUUGUAUUAUUUGAGGCUGCAUGGAUGCAAAAGUUUGGGUGAUGAGAAAAAAAUAAUGAGGGACAUAAAGAUUCAACAGAAAGAUAUUUCUCCAUUCAAAUCACUAGAAGUGCUUAAGGAAACGUUAUUGUGUGAUCGGAAGAAACUCGUAAUUGAAAUUGAACAAUUCCAAAUCCAGCAUAAGGAACGAGCUUCCAAGUACGAUUCCUUGAAGAAAACUAUAAAAGACCAAAUCAAGCUUCUAUGUAAUGAUGAUUCUUUGAAAAAAAGAAGAGAAUGGAUGGAGUUUGGGACAAGAAAUAAACAUAAUGUGAAAGAAUUAUUAGCUAUAAAUGGACAAUUGUAUUCUUUGAAAGAAAAAUUGGCAGAGAUGUGUAAGAAAAAGGAAGAAGCACAUCGAAUGCUGUUAGAAUUAAGCAAGUUUUAUCGUGAGAUUCACCUCUAUAACAUGCAUUGUUCAUUCAUGAAUAAAGUGUAUCAGCUGGCCAAAGAAAAAGAUGUAGCAGCCCUUGAUGAGAUGUCGAGUUUAGAGGUUGAUAUGUAGUUUAGUUCCGAAUAUAUUAUCAUUGUCACUUAAAGAAAAUAUUUUUUUCAUUAGAAAAGCUUUUGUUGUAAUUUGUUUUUGUUGGUUACUUUGAUGUGUUGUUAGGUUGAGAAGUUUAUGUUAAAAUGGAACAAUAAUAAGGCUUUUCGAGAAGAUUAUGAGAAGAAGUUUUCGCAAUCAUUAGAGGGACGACAACUACGUAGUGACGGGAGAAGAAGACCUGAUGAA